GAGAGAGAAUAUUCCAUAGCAAUAAUGAUGGUGUGUGAGAGAAUUGGAUGCAAUCAUCAUUCAUGUCAAACAUUGUUAGUUAGCUAAAAAGAUUCACCCAGCAAAACAAUCAGUCGUUGUUCAGUUACGGUGUUGGUUUUUUGUUGAAAAAAUUUCCAUUUUUGAAUCGCAAUAAUGAGUAUCUCAGCACAUGGAGGUGGUUUGGUCAACGGCAUUGCCGGUAUGGAGAAUAAAUUCACAGUUUUUACAUCGGGAAAGCCUGUGUCCGGGUUGACUGUUGCCUUUGAAGGUCCAACGAAACCUGAGAUAAACUUCAAUUCAACGAAAGACGGUUCAGUCGAUGUUGGUUAUAUACCGAAAGCAGGUGGUCAAUACAAAAUCCAUAUUAAAUAUGAAGGAAAAGAAAUCGUGGGAUCACCAUUCAAAUGUAAUAUUUCGGGUGAUGAAUCUACACACCGAAAACUGACAGAAAAAGUGAAAGUUGGUGGCCCAAAUAUCAGCACCGGCAAAGUGAACCAAGAUAAUCAAUUGACCAUCGAUUGUAAAGAAGCUGGCAUUACUGGUGGCAUCAGUUUUGCGAUGGAAGGACCAGCCAAAGUAGAAGUGAGUUUUCGCAAUAAUAAUGAUGGCACUAUUACGGUCAUCUACAAACCACCGACACCGGGUGAUUAUAAACUUCACUUGAAGUUCAAUGAUAUUCACUUGCCCGGCAGUCCAUAUCCGAUCGUUGUAUCUGCCUAGAAACUUGAACCAUCAACCAAGAAAUUUCUGGU